AUGAAGCCCGUUGGGAACGGCGAGGGGGAGGAGGAGGAGGAAGAUGGGGAAAUCCAAGAGGGCGAAAUCCCUACCAACAGCAAGGGCCAAGCAGCUACCCCCGGGAGCACUGCCGGAGAGGCGCUCCCGCAUCAGGGCCUCCAGCAGAUCGAGCAGGCGAGGAGCUUACUCGAAGCUGCUCCUGGGGACGGCGGCGGCGUCGAUAGGGUCAAGAAGCUCCUUGUGCAGUCGAAGGCGGCAUAUCUUCAGGCAGCCAGCGCGCUGGCAGCAGCUGGAGGAGAGAACACGGAUGUGGCCGCCAUCUCCCAGGGAGCGCCUCAGGCGGCCCUCAUCUGCGUGGCCUCGGAGGCGGUCUUCCCUGAAGCGAUAGCGCUAGUCAGGUGGUUCUGCUCCAAGCAUGUCGCCAGCCUGUGCGAGGUGGCCCAGGCCAUGGAGAUCGAGGCGAAGCGGUUAGAAAAGCAGGGCAAGAGCAAGAGCAAGAGUAAGAGCAAAAACAGAAGCAGCAAGAGCAGCAGCGGCGUCGCUGCCGGCAGCGGGGGACAGGCCCAGGACGAAGGCUCAGGCACAGGCGCCGAGAGGGCCAUCCGGCUGCUGCGUGUCCUGCUUGGCUCCUUCAACGCUUUCCUCCAGCAGUCUUCUCUGGGGAGCGGGAUGUUCAGCACCAGCGCGCACGUCCGCGUGCUUGACAUAGCCGUGAGCCUGGCGAGGAAGGCGAUCGAGAGGCUCAGCCGAGAGUGCUCCGCCGACCCGUCGGUAGGCAAGGCGGCGGCCAGGCUGAGGGGGCUCACGGCGGCCGCCUGCUUCGCGCCCGUGUCUCCUGCCCUCGACGGCGGUGGCGAAGCCGACGAAAAUUCGGCGGCGGCGGCGGCGGCGGCGGAACUACGACGACAACAGCAAACGACAGAACAAGCGGCAGCGGCGCCGAACUCAGACAACCUUGACAGGAUGGGGAAAAAAGACGUGGACAAGCUCUUGAUGUGCGUCUCGGGGGGCGAGGCCAAGAAGGACGAGGUGUACCUGUCUCUGCCCUGCAUCUGCAUCGAGGCGAUAGGGGCCCUUCGAAGGGUUGCGACUCUGGCGCCGCGGACGUAUGCCACCAUAGCCGAGGCCUUCGCGGCGGCGUUGCGGUGCAUGACUCGGGGAGCCGUCGGGGGCCCUGAAGGGGAAUGGACCCGCCGGCCGGCGCUCAACGACGCCAACGUUCGGCACACGCUGUUCGCCUGCUGCUGCAACCUGGCCGAGGGACUGCCCGCCGCCGCCUGCCCGCCGCCGGACGACAGCCGCCUCCGGGGGCGCGGCAAGCUCGUGUCCGCCCUCAAGGCCUGCCACGUCAUGCGGGGCUUCGUCGCGGACGGCCACCCCCUUCCUCUUGCCACCGCCCAACCCGGCGGCGGCAGCGGCGAAGCCGCCGAGACGGCGGCCGGGGUGGUCGUCGGUGGAAGCGGCGCCGCCGGAAUCGGGAGCGCCUGCGCUUCCUCAUGCGUUGUCACGGCCGCCACCUCCUCGACGACCGGAUCUGCCUCGAAGACUGCCGGCAAGCCGACGCCGUCGGCCGGCUCGAAGAGCGGCGGUCCGGCGACCCCGGCAGGCGAAGAAGAGGGUCCGACGAUGGCGGCUCUCUUCGGAGAAGAAGAAGACAACGAACCGGAGUCGGCGACAGCAGCAGCGGAAGCCGACGUCGAGGCGCCGGGGGCGGCGGUGCUAGCGGCGGCGGCGGCAGCGCUGGCGGUGGAGGUGGCGGCGGCGACCGCGGCGGCGACGGCGACGGCACCGGCAGCGGGAAUCGACGUCGCAGACGGGGCGAUGCCGUCAGCGGCGGCGGCACCGGCGACGAAGUCGUACCCGCCGCUGCAAACGGCGCCCGAGAAAAUGCCGGCGUGGCGGGAGGGGGAGCGGUACGGGGUCGUCUUGGGAGACUCGUUCUACGGCAGCGGCGGUGGUGGUAGUACUAUAGCCGCAAGCAGUAAGAGCGGUGGUCGUCGUGCCAAAGGAGGCAACAGGAGAGGUCUUGUCGGUGAUGACGAUACGGGUGAGAGCAACCCGGGGCAGUACGUCCACCUCAAGUACGACUUCGUGCCCGGGCGGACGAACCUGGACGUGCCGGCCACGCUGCGGCAGCGGCCACUGACGGAGAACGAAGGGAGGUGGAAAGGCCGCGGCAGCGGUACCGGCGGCGACGUCGUCGGUGGCGGGCAGCAGCAGCGGUGGGCGGCGGAAGUGGAGUACGAGAGCCGAGAUCCCUCCAACCCGGAACCCGUUCGUUUCACCGGGGAUGCUGUAAGAAUAUUGUGCGCUAGAGGCAGAUGGGGGACGUUUUGGGGGGCGCACCCACUCGGGCGGUUAAACGAAAUGCCGGCAGCCGGCGGGUAUUGUCGCAUCAGAAAGGCAGUAUCCUGA